UAAAAAAAAAAAAAUCCAACAGUUUAUAAGCCGAAGCCUCGAUCGAAUGCUGAUGAGUGAUGAGAACGAGGAGGUUCUUGUGGCUCGAGAAGAUCAUGAUUUUAGUGUAUAACAGUUAAAAACUUGUAACUUCAUCGUUUUUUUCAUCGUCAAUUUGAUCGGGAGUUGGUUGAUUGGCAAAAAGAACACGUUUGAUUUGCACUCUAAAUGAAUUUUAGGGCAUUUCAUAUGAAGACGGUACUAAUGGCAUCUUCAGUUUCUACUCCAAAGGAAGAAGAAUUAUCCAUUAAAAGAGUAGACAAAGUUAUAUCAGAGGAUCUAUGGUGUAAUAUAUUUCUUCAUCUUCCUUUAACAUCAAUCUUCAAAUCCAGAUGUGUUUCAAAGGUAUGGUUAUCUAUGCUUUCAAACCCACAUUUCAUAAACCAGUGGUAUAAGGAUAAACAAAAGACUCUCCCAUGGACAUUAGUUUAUGAUGUUGGUGACACAGCCAUUUUCGAAGAUGAACCUGUUGAAAGAAAAUUUAUGAUUGCAUAUCCUGAAUGCCAUUCAGAAUUUAUAUCGCAUCAUCGAAAUGGUUUUUCUUUUAACUUCUGCUUAGAUCUCAAUGCUCAGUUGCCUUCGCAAAGAGCUAAACCUCAACUUGGGUCUUUUAACUUUGGAUUUAGUGAGAAUGAGAGAGUGAGUUCUAUCUUCAUUACAGCUGCAAGUAAAGGUUUGAUUCUCUGCAGGCUUGGAUUCUCUUGUGAGCCAACAACUUAUGUUUAUAAUCCACUCACACGGAAAUCAAUCUCAAUACCGGCACCACCACCAACAAAAGAUAGUUAUGCUGGGACCGGCCUCAUAUGCUAUGAAUCUUGUUCAUCACCAUUCAUUUCCACGAGUAUUAAGGUUAUUCUUAUACCAGAAACUCAAACAGCAGGUACAUUUGAAGUUUCGAUAUUUACUUCUGAUUCAGGUGAAUGGAAUACCUAUAAAGUUCCAUGCCCUCUACAAGCUAGACGUAACGGUCGUUCUAGAAAUGUUGUUACCCAUAAUGGUGUUUUUUAUUGGUGUGAAACGCAAAGCAAGAUGGUAGUUUACAAUCUGAACAACAACAACAACAACAAUAAUGAAACUUGUGGUUAUCAGUGUAAAUUGAUUAGUUUGCCUGACAACGAAGUAGAGAUUGGUGAACUUGAUGAGAAUUUUUUUACCAGUCAUCGCCUUGGCGAGUCGGAAGGUCUCAUCUGCUAUGCUAGAAUUAAGAAAGAAGAGAGAACUUUGAGUGUAUGGGUGCUCCAGGAGGAGGAGAAGUGGUAUUUGUUGCACAAGGAAAUCAAAUUCCCUGAUGUAAUAGCAGAAUCUGCACCUUGGUGGUCCGGUGCAUGUAUCCAGGUUAUAGGUUUUCACCCAGUCGACCACAAUGUGGUGUUACUCGGUUACAAGAAAUACGUCUGGGCUUACAAUGCCAGAACUAGGGGAUGUGAACAGCUCUGUCAUCCUUCUUUUCUACCAAGCUGUCGUCCCACUUUGCAUAGCGGUUGGAUUUCUUUAGCAGUUCUCCUAAUGCCAAUGCCAACAGUACUUUCCCCAGUCUCUUGGUUAGUUCACUCUCCCCCGAAGCAAGAUCUCUCUUCCAGGCUUGAAAGGUAUAACUUCAUAGGACUGGGAGGACCUAUUCGUCGUCGUUAAAGUGGAGACUGUAUCUUCUUUUUUUGUUUCCCUUUCUCAGUGCCUCGAUUAUGUGGUCCGAUUGUAAUAUUCUGAUUCUUAUUUCUUUUGCCAAGUCGAUUGAUUGAGAAUGCAACAUAUCAUGUAGUGUUUUCCUGCAUUAUAUACUAUUAAUUACAAUUACAUGAUAUU